AAAGGUGAGCAGAGUAAGUCUGAUUCCCUGUAAGGACUUCUCUGUUGACAUCCACCUCUUGGCGCUCAGAUGACCUUAUGCAGUUGUGAGCCCCGUAAAACCUUACUAAACCUAAAAAGGACGUAUUAGCUGGUCCAAUCAGUAACUCGGCAACUACUGCACGUGCGAGGGUUCUCCCCCCCCCCCUGGAAAUAUGUUGUCUUACCAGCGACUACCUUAGCAGACGAUUCCCUGACUCGAGGGUGGGAGUGUAUUCUUGUGGGAUGUUGUAGCCUUCGGAAACGAUAAUUGUCCCAAAUAGUGUUAUGUCUUCACCCAAACAGUUGUUACUCGUGGCCUCGCCGUGCUAGUUCCGCUCCGUACUCUGCCACCGGAAGUGCGUUGUUCAUCCACCAGUGACGUCAGCAGCAGGCAUAUUGUACAGCUCUCUGAGUGUCAUACCGCUCUCUGUCACCGGGAAAUGUUUUGUCAUCAGUGACGAAUUCCAGAAAAUAGAUCUGAUUUAUUUCGCGCCAAUUUUCCUAUACAGAACUAAUGUCAGGAAAGUUCUAGAUCGUUUGGCGCCAACUUUCCCGCACCUCGCCCAUGUCUGGAAAGUUGUCCAGGAUGGCCGCCUCCUGCUUCAACAACGACACGGAGAAGAGGGACACGCCCCCUCACGGCGAGUGGGUGGAGCCUAAGUUCGAGCCCGACGGCCUCGACACGCCCCCUGAGAAAGGAUUCGCCAAUCACAAUUGGAUACGUAGCUUCAGUGAGCGUGUGCGCAACUUCCGGAGUGGGGAGUUUGAUGAGGGAAUCAGCGAGAUACGACGCCGGAAACUGGCAG